AUGUCUGUAUCUCAGGUUAAUGGUCUGAACUUUAGUCUUUUGCUUGAUGAGAUUGAAUCAGGAAGCAGUGGGUCACUGGCGAAUGUCAUUCGCAAGCUACGCGAAAAUGAAGUAGCAGCAUACAAAGCGCAUGUUGGAGGUCCGACUGGCGAGCUGAUCGCAAGUUUCAUUGCUGCUCUUGACUUACGUGCAUCUGAACACAAUGCUGAGAUAGAAAAAACAUGUAGUUAUCAUUAUCAAAGUUUUGUAGACUCCACAAGAGAGCUACUUGAUAUACAACAAAAUGCGGAAAGUCUGGAGAGAGGUUUACGGACACUGAAUGUUGAAUUGGAAGUAACUGUUAAUAAAUUUAGCGAAUCUUGUGACAAAUUAGCUGCUUGCAAACAAACUUUGGAUCACGUCAAUCAGUGUAUUGAGGCAAUUCAAAUCAGUCUUCCAAUAUUAGAGCAGUACUCUCGCAUUGAGCAAAGCAUUGCUGAUGGAAGGUAUUACCACGCCCUGAAAAAUCUUGAAGACUUAGAGCACUCUCAGCUGGAUCUCAUACGCCCUUUCGCAUUUUCCGAAAUAAUAAUACAUCGCAUACCGAAAACAAGAACGGGCAUCAAGAACGCAAGUCUUGGUGAAUUAACUGAUUUUCUUGAAUAUAUAAGGAAAAAUUCUGUAAUUCUCGGCGCUUUUGCUAUGCAAGAAGCUGCUCGCUCAUCGGGGAUUGAUAGUGAAGCCCUGGUUGAUACUCUGGCGACUAAUGGAUAUAAAGAAGCACCUCAAGACAAAGAGUCGAAUGCAGAAUCACGUCAACAGCUGUCAGUGAAUCCUAAAGUUCAUCAGAAAGGGCUUGUUGGUACAAAUGCAGAAGGAUUAGAACAUGAACUGGAAAUGUUAACUCAAAUUGUCACUGCAGCGAACAGAUCACCCGACAAUGAAAAUGAAUUGAUACGAUCUCGAUUAAGUAACAGUAGCUGUAAUACAGGUCAUUCAAAAGUUGAAGAUCUAGUCGAUUUUGGACCAGUUUAUCGUUGUUUACACAUUCAUUCCGUUUUAAAUGAACGAGCUGAAUUUGAGAGACACUAUUGUACUCAACGACGAAAACAGUGCCAAUUAGCGUUGAGUUUAUCACCAAAUCAACAGGUUGAAAUGCGUAAUUAUGGUGAAUUUUUCAGUUCUAUUUGUGGAUUUUUUGUUGUGGAUGAUUUUAUUCGACAUACACUAUCCGGUUCCUCAGCAUUUUAUCAAACGUAUUUAGAUGAAUUAUGGGUGCAUACAGUGAAUCGUUUAGUGGAUUUUGUACAUGUUAAUGCUAAAUCAUGUAAAUCACCAAAUGAUUUAAUUAAACUCAAAGAUUAUUUAAUUAUAUUUGAAAGAACUAUGGAGAAUUUAGGCUUUCCUGUAUCUGGUCUAUCAGAAACAAUAGGUAUUGUUCAAAGAUACUAUCAUCGACUGUUGGCUAGUCAAUGGAAAUCCAAGUUUGAAGCUAUAAUUUCGGAAGACAGUUACGAACCUAUUAAGAUUUCGGAUCCAGAAGAGUUAGCCAAAUUCCUUGAGAUAUACCCACCGGGUGACACAGUUGAAUUCUCAGAACUCCCUUAUCCUCGUCAGUUGUGUUUUUCAUGGAUGGUACCUAAAAUUUAUCAAACAGUACGUGAGUAUAUUGAUUUAUGCCAUCGAUUUUGUGAAAAUAUGAAUCUUGCAUACACGGAACUUGAAGAUACAAUCAAUCGUGCCACAAAUUUCCUCUUCACUCAAUGCCUGAAUGUUGUAUUAACAUCCGGUAUCCGAUCAUAUUCGCAGCAGUUAUCUCAUCUUACACAAUUCUGUAUAAAUUUGGACGAACUAGAAACAGUAUGUGGGCAUUUGGAUAAUUAUCUUCAAUACAAUGUCUUAGAUGAUGCUUCUGGUCGGAUAAAAGACUUCACAAUAUCUAAAGACAAUGAACAGGGUGAUUCAAGCAUGACUACAUCAGUCACAGUAAAUUCAGGAGCAAACCCACCGCGUAGUCGGUUACAUGGUACAUCAUUUCUUAAAGAUAUACGUGCAUUAGUUGAAGAUCAAAUAUGUAAUCAUCUGAAGGAUAGUGUUGCAGAAUUUAUCAAUUUAAGCAAUUAUGAUGACAUAGAUGAUAACAACAUUACUAGUAAUAAUCAAAGUAAUGAUCAACCUUGUCAUACAGUUGACGGGCGUAAUGGUAUAAGUUAUGUAACUAGUGUGCAAGCUAAACCAACUGAGAAUAUUGUCGAUUUAACAUCAUGGUUAAAAUCAGUAUUUGAUUCAUUUGCUAACCUGCCGCCAAAGAUAACUCAAACAGCUUGUAUAUCUGUUUGCAAGCAUAUUGCACGUUUAUUGUAUGACGUGUUGUUUGGUUCUCAAGUUCGUUCUCUUAAUGAGACAGGUCUUCAACAAUUGAGUAUUGAUUUAUCUCUGUGUGAGUCAUUUGCUCGUUCACAACCGGUUCCAGGUCUUGAUCGUUCUACCUUGUGGUUGAUUUUUGCAGAUUUACGCCAAUUAUUAGAUUUAUAUCAUAAAGAUGACUGGGCUUCAUACAUUGCAUUUCGUAAAAGAGUUGAUGGAUCAGGAAAAUAUGGAAGUCCGUAUGACCGUGUUCCACCAAGUGUAGCAAUUAAAUUACUAGAACGUGUUCGCGAGGCUGAUAAAAAGCGUACUGGAUUCCUUCAAGCUAUGCGUAAGGAGGAACGAGGUCGAAAGAAAAAGCUAGAUGAUAUUAUUCGUCAACUGCGUGAACUCAAUGUCACUCCUCGAAAUAAUUAA